AUGUCAGAGAACACAGCGUUAGCCGAAGAAGAAGUUAUUAGAGUGUUGGGGGGCAUAUAUCUUGGUGGGAUCCGCCCCAUCAUGGAACACAGACCAUUAGGUGCAGAAUUCAAUAUCACUCAUAUACUCUCUGUUGUUAGGUUUCAAGUAAUUCCUGAGUACUUAAUAAGGAAGGGAUACACGCUAAAGAACAUACCGAUCGAUGACGACGACAUGACAGAUGUGCUGCAGUUUUUUGACGAAACUAACCGGUUCAUUGAUCAAUGUUUGUUUCCCAAUGAAGUUGAGUAUUCGCCUAGAUUGGUAGAUUUUAAAAAGAAACCACAGCGUGGUGCUGUUUUCGCUCAUUGCCAAGCGGGAAUAUCGAGAUCUGUGACUUUCAUUGUGGCAUAUUUGAUGUAUCGCUAUGGGCUGACACUAUCAAUGGCAAUGCAUGCCGUUAGGAGGAAGAAAGCAAAUGUUGAACCAAAUGAGAAUUUCAUGGAACAACUAAAACUUUUCGAACAGAUGGGAGGAGAUUUUGUUGAUUUCAACAACCCCACUUAUAAGCAACUGAAGCUGAAGCAAUCUAUUAGGCUGGAUCCAUCAGGUAAUGACUUAGUGUCCAAUGCCAAAAUGUUCAAAGAUUCAGAAUCAUCUCAAGACCUGGAUAAACUGACUGAAGCAGAGAAAAGCAAAGUUACCGCAGUGAGAUGUAAGAAAUGUAGAACUAAAUUAGCAUUAUCCACAUCUUUCAUCGCACAUGAUCCUCCAAGUAAGGAGUCAUCAGAAGGUCAUUUCAUUAAGAGGGCUGCAAAUUCUCACCGUAUUAUCGAUAUUCAAGAAUCCCAAGCAAACUGUUCGCACUUCUUUAUCGAACCAUUGAAAUGGAUGCAACCUGAACUACAAGGUAAACAAGAGUUAGAAGGAAAAUUUUCAUGCCCAGGCUGUUCUAGCAAAGUCGGUGGAUACAAUUGGAAGGGAUCUAGGUGCAGUUGUGGUAAAUGGGUUAUUCCCGCCAUCCACUUGCGAACCAGUAAAGUAGACCAAUUUCCCAUACAAUCCACUGUUUUGCCCAACAUGGUAAAUUUUGAAUCUGAAAAAAUGAAGUGA